AUGGAAUCCUUUUAUGUUCCGGCUUUAAUAGCAGGAAUUAUAGUUGCUUUUGUAUUACUGGUUUUAAUUGCAACUUAUCAUAAUUCCUUCAAGGCAGAGAUCCCUCCUGAUGUUGACCGGCCAUCAAAGUUCCACUUAUAUCAUUGCAUAUAUAGUCUGAUGGAAAUUAUGGUGAGAAGUCAUGAAAGAAUAUGCUUGUGCAUAGCCAGAAAGUCUGAUUCAGUGGCUGCGUCUGUUGGGUAUCAUUUCUCUCCAGAGCGUAAGUAUCCAGCCCAAACUUUGGCCCGUCUCACUGCUACUGCACACUUUUUGAAGACUGCAGAAAACAACGGGGUGGAUCCUCAUCAGAUUAUUGUUUGUGGGGAUAGUGCAGGGAGCACUUUUACUGCUAGCAUUUGCCAAGAACAUAAAAGUGACCUGGCACCACAUGGAAGAAGGCUUCCACUGUGCACUGGGAUUUUUUGGUUAUG